UCCUCUAGAGGGAGACGAUGCACUGCUGAAGAUCCAUGAGAGCUGUGCAGGCUCACAGUAAAAUGUUGCUUCUUUGGACUUUUAGGGCUGUAUCCCCACUUCACCACAUUCUCCAAGAAUGAAGCUCAAACAGCUGAAGAUGGAGGGCUUCACACAGAGCAGCUGCCAUAAAAAAUCAUCAUGGUUCAAGCUCAGUCAUGGGUCAUGACUAAGCACUUUGACGGCUUCCCAAAGAAAAGCGACUUUGGUCUCAAGGUGGAGGAGCUUCCUGAGCCCAAAGAUGGAGAGGUGCUGCUGGAAGCAAUGUUUCUCAGUGUGGACCCGUACAUGAGGUCGUUCAGCAAAACCCACAUGAAGGAAGGAGACGUGAUGAUUGGAGGUCAAGUAGCCAAAGUGAUCCAGAGUAGAAAUCCAGCAUUUCCUGUGGGAAGCCAUGUUGUGAGUAACAGUGGCUGGAGAACCCACACAAUCAGUGAUGGGACCGGCCUCACUCCCAUCCUGCCUGAGUGGCCCAAAGAUGUGUCCCUGUCUCUGGCUCUGGGUGCCAUCGGCAUGCCCGGACUGACAUCUGUUUAUGGGAUAGAAGAAGUCUUGGGACUCCAGCAGGGUGAGACCCUGCUGGUGAACGCUGCAGCUGGAGCGGUGGGCUCCGUGGUGGGACAGAUCGCCAAGAUCAAGGGCUGUAAGGUGGUGGGCUCAGCAGGGACUGAUGCCAAAGUAGCUUACCUCAAAGAGCUGGGAUUUGAUGAGGUCUUCAACUACAAAACUGUUGGUUCCCUGGAGGAGGCUCUGAGGAAGGCUUCACCUGAAGGAUACGACUGCUUCUUUGAAAAUGUGGGAGGUCCUUCUUCAGAUGUUGCCCUGCAGCAGAUGAAGAACUUUGGAAGAAUAGCUGUGUGUGGAAGUAUCUCCACCUACAAUGACAGCACACCCCAGAAAGGGCCAUACCCCUACUUCACCAUGAUCAUGAAGCAGCUGAAGAUAGAGGGCUUCUUACAAAGCAGGUGGGAGCACAAGCACCAUGAAACCCUCAAGAGACUGUUGGCCUGGGUGAAAGAGGGCAAACUGCAGUGUCGGGAGCACGUCACAAAAGGCUUUGAAAACAUGCCGGCUGCUUUUAUGGGGAUGCUGCAGGGAGAAAACAUCGGCAAGGCUGUGGUCGCAGUCUGAAGGGUUCAAUACAAAAGAGCCAGCAUUACUAAUAACAGGCAUUAUUACACAUAUAUGAAUGAAUGAAGGAUCAAGCAAUAAAUACAGAACACAAUAAGUUCCUAAUAACAUUUCAUAGAUUUUUAAAUCUUUUUGUGGCCAUAAUAAGUAAAUGUAAAGCAAUUCUGGGAUUUAAUCUGACAUUUUAGUCAUUCAAAGAAAUGUGAUUUCUACUCUAAACAGCAUCACUUCAUAAUAAAUUAUUAGCGCUGUGAUUAUAUUGUGAUUGUUGUCUGAAACAUUAGAAAAUAUUUUCAAAUUUUGCUAAAGAAGGUUGCGGUAAAGCUUGUGGCUUCAUGAUGUACCAUCUCAAAAAUAAAUACACAACAUAAUUUACAAUGAAAUAAAAAAAAAAACACA